UAAAGAAAAGGGACUGGGGAAAUAUCCUCCCCAUGCCCAGGAAUCCCAUUCUGCACUAACAAUAAAUAUUCCUUAGAAAAGAAAUUCUUGAUAUCUUGGAGUCAUUUAGCUUCUCCGAUUAGGAAAAUGCAUGUCAUCUUUCAGGGGCCAAGAAAUUGGUGAUGUACAGAAGUGUGUAUUUUAAUAUAUUACAUUUUAAAAUAUUAUUUCUUGUAAUUCGUCAUCCACACAAUAACUCACGAAUAUUUUUUUGAGGCCCUCUAAAAUCUGGCGGGUGCUAGGACCUAAUGGAAGUCAGGCUUUCAGGAGGAGGGGACCAUGGGGCGUGGCGCCAUGUAAGCAGGUACAGAAAAGCCAGUUCUUCCACCUGUAAGCUAAUGAGGCUCCAUUUCAGAUCUCUCCACACCAUCUCCAAGACAUCAACAGCUUUUACACUUGCUUAUUAAACCAAAAACAUGUUUCUUGCAAAGGCUUUAUUGGAAGGGGCCGAUCGAGGCCUUGGAGAAGCUCUUGGAGGCCUUCUUGGAGGAGGUGGUCAGAGAAGAGGAGGAGGAGGGGGAGGAAGAAAUAUCGGAGGGAUAGUUGGAGGAAUUGUGAAUUUCAUCAGCGAGGCUGCAGGAGCUCAGUACACCCCAGAACCACCUCCCACUCAGCAGCAUUUCACCAACGUGGAGGCCAACGAAAGUGAGGAAGUUCGUCGGUUUCGGCAACAGUUCGCCCAGCUGGCGGGACCAGACAUGGAGGUGGGUGCCACCGACCUAAUGAAUAUUCUCAACAAAGUCCUUUCUAAGCACAAGGACCUGAAGACUGGCGGCUUUAGCCUUGACACCUGCCGGAGCAUUGUGUCUGUGAUGGACAGUGACACGACAGGCAAGCUGGGCUUCGAAGAAUUUAAGUACCUCUGGAACAACAUCAAGAAGUGGCAGUGCGUUUAUAAGCAAUAUGACAGGGACCGGUCUGGGUCCCUGGGAAGUUCUCAGCUGCUCGGGGCUCUGCAGGCAGCGGGUUUCCAGCUAAACGAACAACUUUACCAAAUGAUCGUCCGCCGAUAUGCCGAUGAAGAUGGCAGCAUGGAUUUCAACAAUUUCAUCAGCUGCCUGGUCCGCCUGGAUGGCAUGUUCCGUGCCUUCAGAUCCCUGGACAGAGAUGCAGAUGGCCUUGUUCGAGUGUCCCUCCAGGAAUGGCUGCAGCUGACCAUGUAUUCCUGAAGCCAGCGCCCUUCCGGAGGACAGGGCUCCUGAAAGCCUCGCCAUGCAGUCCUCACUGUGGCUGAUACUCUGUCCCAGAGCUGUCAUUUCCGGCGAGCUCGUACACCUCCCUGCGUGCUUCUGAACUGGGGCUGCCUUUUAGCGCUUAAUUAAAACAGAUUUCUUUUUUUUUUAAUGAAAAAUGUUCUGAGUGGUUUGUAUGUCAGCUCUUUGAGAUACUGGAUGUAUAUGGACAUAUAUAUGUGA